CUGAGGCUAAGGCACUUGUUGGUAUUAUAUCAACAUUACAGGGAACAAAGGAAAAAGGCAAAUGCCACAGUUUAGACAAUUGGUUCGAUCAGUUUUUGGAAUCAUCUAUAAGUGAUCAAAGACUUGAAGGGAUAUCACGUUUUCUGGAACUAAAAAUAUUCAAAACUGGACUUGGAGAUCUUUCUUUAUUUAUUGUAUUAGAAUACAGGCAUAUGAUGAAAGUGAUACCUUUCAUUCUUAAAGGUCUUUUUGAACAAAAAAAAAAUGAAUUGCUUGUUCAAAUAUUUGUUGAAUAG